GCUCUCCCACCUGUCAUUCCUGAACUCAAACACAGGCGCCUGUUUGGAUCAGAACUGAUUACCAUAUCAGUUACUGCCAGCAUGAUGUUUUUCAGCAUUAUUUAUUAAUAAUCUGCCUUUAUUACUUUAGAUAUCAUUUUGAUUAGACUCAAACUCGACUUUAACAGGAGUUUAGAGGCACCGCGGCUCUUGAAGACUGUUAUUUUGUGGUUAACGGUAAAUUAUGUCUGCUGUGUUGAGGAGCCUGACUCGUUGGGUUUCCUGUCUCUGCAGCUGUGCAUCAUGUCUGACUUGCAGAUGUUGUCCACACAUCAGGAACUCUAUUGUAACCCGAAUCAUGUACGCCUUCAUCCUUCUGCUCGGCACAAUCAUCGCCUGUGUGAUGCUGUCGCCUGGUGUUGAACAACAACUCAAAAGAAUCCCUGGGUUUUGCACUGGAGGAGCUAGAUCUGGUUAUCCAGGAAUUGAGGCCAAUGUCCAGUGUGAGAUGUUUGUUGGCUAUAAGGCUGUGUAUCGGGUCUGCUGUGGCAUGAGUCUGUUUUUUCUCACCUUCUCCCUGUUCAUGAUCCGUGUGAAGAACAGCCGAGAUCCCAGAGCUGCCGUCCACAAUGGGUUCUGGUGUUUCAAGAUUGCGGUCAUGAUUUCUGUCACUGCUGGUGCCUUUUAUAUUCCAGAUGAGCCUUUUACCAGAAUGUGGUUUAUUGUUGGAUCUGGUGGAGCUUUUUGCUUUAUUCUGAUUCAGCUGGUUUUACUUAUCGACUUCGCCCACUCGUGGAACGAAUCCUGGGUGGAUAAAAUGGAAAAAGAAAAUGAAAAAAGGUGGUAUAUAGCUUUAGUGUUGGUAACAGGACUGAACUAUAUUCUGUCCUUCUCGGCGGCGCUUCUCUGCUUCAGCAUCUACACUCAGCCGGAGGGAUGUGUGCUCAACAAGUUCUUCAUCUGCUUCAACAUGUUAUUGUGCGUUACAGCGUCUGCUCUGUCUGUGCUGCCCACAAUACAGGAAUACCAGCCCAGAUCUGGUCUUCUACAGUCGUCCAUCAUGACUUUGUACACCAUGUAUCUUACCUGGUCAGCCAUGACAAAUGAACCAGACCGCACGUGUAACCCGAGUCUGCUCAGCAUCAUCCAGCAGAUCACAUCCACCACCGUCGCCCCGCUGGAGAUCGAGAACCAGACGGCCGUCAUCAUCAUAGACUUGGAGGAGACGGUGCCGACAGCCCCGUACCUGCGCUGGUGGGAUGCGCAAAGCAUCGUCGGCCUGGCCAUUUUUGUUCUCUGCAUUUUGUAUUCAAGCAUUCGCUCUUCCAAUACUAGUCAAGUGAAUAAAUUAACCUUAGCGGCUAAAGAUGCCACGGUUCAGGAUGAAAGUGCCGCAAGCAGUGCAGAGGCGGCAGAAGAAAACACCACAGCACAUCAUAUGGAAGAUAAUGAGCGAGAGACGGUUCAGUACAGCUACGCUUUCUUCCACUUCAUGCUGUUCCUGGCGUCUCUUUACAUCAUGAUGACGCUCACCAACUGGUACAGUCCUGACACAGACUACAACGCCAUGAGGAGUAAGUGGCCGGCGGUGUGGGUCAAGAUCUCCUCCAGCUGGGUCUGUCUCACUUUAUACACCUGGAGUCUGAUCGCUCCCAUGAUCCUCCCCAACAGAGACUUCACGUGACCUCAGGACUUUUUGAACACAUCUUUUGUUCAGGCUUCAUUAACAGACGUUUCCUUUUGUGUUUUAUUUGCAAUCUAGGACUCCUUACACGAUACGUGAGUCACUUUUUCCAAUACGUUUGAUUUUGGACCGUUUUGCCUACUAAGUUCAGCAUGAGAUUAGCAUCUUCUCUGUGCCAUCAGUAGAAAUGUUUAUGGAUUUUAUAUUUCGUUUAUUUCAGCUUACUGCUACGUGAGACUUUUUUUAUAUUAUGUAUUUAAGUUAGAGGUAAAAUGCACUGAUCUUUGUGUUCUUAAUGCAUGUUUUGUUUUGUUAAUAUUUUUAUUGUGAAAUAAAAGCACACACUUAAAUAA